AAUAGUCUUCAAACGCAAACACCAUAUAUUUCAUGACAAUUAGAAAGAAAAUUUUAAAUCAAAGGUAAAAUCCAGCAAAUUAAUGGAAAGUACGGAUUCAUCAUCAGCCUCGCCUCACCCGCAACUCCCGCCAGGGUUCCGAUUCCACCCGACUGACGAAGAGCUAGUAGUUCACUACCUCAAAAGGAAGGUUGCUUCUGCUCCUCUACCUGUUACAAUUAUAGCAGAAGUUGAUCUUUACAAGUUUGAUCCAUGGGAGCUGCCAAGUAAGGCGACCUUUGGAGAGCAAGAGUGGUAUUUUUUUAGUCCUAGAGACAGGAAAUAUCCGAAUGGCGCAAGGCCUAAUAGAGCUGCAACUUCUGGUUAUUGGAAAGCCACAGGGACCGAUAAGCCGAUUGUAACUUCUAAUGGAAAUCAAAAGGUUGGAGUCAAAAAAGCUCUAGUAUUCUAUCGAGGCAAGCCUCCAAAAGGGAUUAAAACAAAUUGGAUCAUGCAUGAAUAUCGCCUUGUCAACAAUAAUUCUACUUCAAAGCCACUAAUUGUUGAUGUACACAACAGGAAAGUUUCUUUACGGCUUGAUGAUUGGGUUUUAUGCCGGAUUUACAAGAAGAAUAAUACCCAAAGACGGACGGAGAGGGGCAAAGACUAUACCAUGGAGGGCGUGCAAGCAACACUGCCAACUUCUAGCCAUCAAAACCCAAGACUUCCAACAUCGAAAGCCACAAGUUAUGGUUCAACGCUAGAACAUGAAGAGAAUUUCUUUGAAGGGAUAUUAAAAGGAGAAGGCAUGCAAAACAGUUCCAUUUCACAAAUAGCUGCGUCUUCAAGUUCAAAGCAAAAUCUUUCCAUGGCCUUAGCUGCUAGUACAACAAACUCAGGCCUUGUUAAACGUGCACUUCCUCCACAGAACUGGAUUCAACCAAAUUCAAUAGAGUCACAGUCCUGCAAAAGAUUCCAGGGUGAUCUAAAUAGUAGUAACACAGCUGGCAUCGAUGAUACCAACUCAUUUGUUUCUUUUCUCAAUCACCUACCUCAAAACGCUCCAUUUCACCCUGGCACGCUCGUUGGAUCUCUUGGCGACCGGCAAAAGUUUAUACUUGCUAGCUUGAAUUGGAACUCUUAGUUUGGGUUCCAAUUCAAGGCCUUGAUUGAUGUAACUUGUAAGUGUAACUAAUUAAACAUACAUCUCUGUUAUAAUAUGUGCAAUGGUUCAAGCAGGAUAACCAAGGUUAUGGGGG